AUGAAUGUCAGUUCACGAUGUUAUGGUUUGUUUGUCGAUAUCAAGGAUACUCUCUACUGUUCAAUGCAUGAUGAAAAUCAAGUAGUGAAACGAUCAUUAAAUGAUCCUCUGAUGACUUCAAAUCGUGUUGCUGCUGGAACAGGUAUUGUAGGAGCAGCCUCGAAUCAACUCUAUGGUCCUCGUGGCAUCUUUGUUGAUGUCAACUUGGAUUUAUAUGUAGCAGAUUGUGAUAAUGAUCGAGUUCAGUUGUUCCAGCCCGGAGAAUCAAAUGGUAUCACAGUGGCUGGAAGUAGAUCACUAAAUCCAACAAUUACACUUAGUUGUCCAAACGGAAUUAUAUUAGAUGCUGAGAAAUAUUUAUUCAUUAUCGAUCUGGGCAAUAGCCGCAUUGUUGGUUCAAGCUUGAAUGGUUUUCGAUGUUUAGUUGGAUGUUAUGAAAGUGGUUCACAAUCCAAUCAAUUGGAUGAGCCAUUUAGUUUUAGUUUUGAUCGUUCUGGAAACAUAUUUGUUACUGAUCGAUGGAAUGAUCGAAUUCAAAAAUUUGAAUAUUUGGAAGAAUUGUGUGGGAAAAUUGAAAAUAAAAAUUGCCGUUGA